UGUCAUUUAUUUUAUACGAAUAUUGAUGUGUCCGCAUCAUUAUUGAUUCGGACUGUUUAUUUUUUUCCCAUCGUGUAUAUGACCACGAAAGUAGAAGCAACCUAUAGAGCUUUUAUUUCUCAUGGAACAGAGUAGGUUGUUGAUAAAAAUUUGUUAAUGUAGCGCCAUCUAUCACGAAAUACAUACUUUCCUUAGAACAAUCAUUAAAGAAAAUGCGACUAAAUCAGAUAUAUUUUCACACCCGGAGGCUACCUCAAAAGGAAAAUAAAGUACCAUUUAAGGAACUGUAUCCUCUGAAAUUAAAAAAUUAUGUUUCUGGAGUAUCAAACAGAAAUACAGAGAAUAAAUGUUUGUUUGAAAUGAUGUUAGUUUUUACUUGCUGGCAGAAGACAGAAUUUGAUAGUAGUAAAUGUAGUGACGUAAUACAAAACUUAGAAAUAUGUCAUGAUAGACUUCGGAAAAAUAUGAAAGAGGAGAAAAUAAGCAAGAAAAAGGAUAUACCCACUCCUGGAGCUAAAAGUUUAACAGAUAAACAACUCAAUUAUAUUUUACGCCAAUACCCAACUGUUUAAUUUAUUUAGAAAUAUUUUUAAAUUAUUAGAUAUGAAAGAUUUAUCAUCAUUCUUAAUUGCUAUUGUAUGAUACUGUAUAUAAAAUACAUUUCACUUUCAUUGUGGAAAAGUU